CACGAUUGUGGCCGGGUUACACACACGAGGAGCACGAUUUGGUAAAAGGACAGGCUCCCGAAAGCGACGCUGAUCAUUUAGUUGAUGUAAAUAAGCUAGCACCACAAGUUCACAGGUGCUUGCUCCGAGCAGCACAAACACACAUACUAGCUGUACAGCUUCUCUCCCUUUCCUUCCAUCUCCAGCUAGCUUCUAGGGUUUACGCUACAGUACCGAGCCGGCCAUCACUGUCGUUCUCCUGCUCUCGAGCUCCAUCCCGAUCGGUCGAGGUCCGACGAGCGUUGUAUCGAGCUCGCUUUAGCGGAGGGGCUGGGCUAUCCCUUUGAUUCAGCUCAUAAGGCAAGGAGGAAGCUGCGAUUUGAGCUGAUCUGAGGAGGAUGCGUACACUCUUGCUCAUGCCUGUGUGAUCAUGAGCGGCUUAAGAGGAUGAUAAGCGCAAAUCACACAAACGAGGAGCUGGCCAGGCGCACGAAGGCCGAGCAGCUGGCCGCGGGCGCCGGCGCCGCCAAGCAGGGUGCCGUGGCGAGCUCGCGGCACUGGCCGCCAUCGACCGAGUCGAGGAUCGUGCGCGUCUCGCGGGUGUUCGGCGGCAAGGACAGGCACAGCAAGGUGAGGACAGUCAAGGGGCUGCGCGACCGGCGCGUGCGGCUGUCCGUGCCGACGGCGAUCCAGCUCUACGACCUCCAGGACCGGCUGGGGCUGAGCCAGCCGAGCAAGGUGGUGGACUGGCUGCUGGACGCCGCGCAACACGAGAUCGACAAGCUGCCGCCGCUGCAGUUCCCGCCGCACGCGCAGGACCUCGUCGCGCACCUGCCGUCCUCCAUGUUGACGCCGUUCACGACAGGCUCUGCCGACCGUUCCACCGCUGCCGCCGCGGACACGGCGACGGCCGCGUCGUCCGUGAUGGUCGACGGCGACAAGCGCCACUGCCACGGUGGCAUCAAAGGGCUCAUGGGCCUCAACAAUUCCGUCGGCCUCGUCAAUGGCGCCAUGCCGCUGGCUCACGGCCUCUACUACGCCGGUGAAUCUUGGACCAACGGCAAUGUCCAUGAUCAGGUGAACCACGGCACUUCGCCUCAAACGGUGGCUCACCAUUCGCCGUUCUCAUCGCUUCUGUCUCUGGCUCCGGGGCCACAGCUCGUCUUCUACUCGCCGGAAGGCGGCAGCUUCGCCAUGAAAGAAGCCGCUGAUCAAUUCCUUGUAGAUAACCUCGAAAAUUCGCAAGGCGAGCUCUCAUUGAGCUCAGCAAGAGGCUUCCUUCACUACGGCAGCCAGGGGUGACUAGAUCACUGAUCUCUGCUCCAAGAAGGUACGUAGAACAAUAAUGCUCUUGGAGUAGUAGUAAUCAACAAGUACUUGUUUUUUUAUUUGUGUUUGCAUUUUUUAGAGGAACGAUAUCAUUUGGUAUGAUCAAUGAUGGAUUCUAGAACUACCUAGAGCUGGUAGCAUGCAUAGUAAGGUUUUUCAGGAGUGCAAAAGCAAUUUGUUGCUUCUUUUUUUAUACAAGGAAGUAACUGUUCACGGUGUGUUGGUUUUUAAUUUGUAAUAACGAUUUGAGAAGUUUUGGAUUUGUCUUUA